AUGGAUUGCCGCGGUGAAGAUGGAUAUACACCCAUGAAACAGCUAAUAGAAAAGAUGCCCGUAGUUGCUGAGGCUGUUCUGGAUCGAUGUGUAAUUUUAUCAAAUCAUCCAAGAAAUCAUCCAGAUUCCUUUGUUACUUUUAAUUAUAAAUACAUUGAAUCGCCACCCCAAGAGACACAAUUGCGAGAAGUUAAAGAUUGCUACUUGUCCAUUUCGAGUAUGGUUGAAUAUAAUCGUGAAAAAUUAUUUACUCAUCCCUUAAUCAUGGCUUAUCAGCGACAUAAAUGGAACAGCGGGCUAGGAUUACGAUUUUAUAUGGAAUUAGUUAGCUACUUUAUCAUCGUUUCAUUGUUUUCUAUCGUUAUGGGACUUGAUCUAAUCUGCAAUACAAAUAAUAACGCAACUUAUGUCAAUAAUUCAUACUUGGAUUGCAGAACUGUCCCGCAAUCUGUAAUCAGCAGCUCACCAGUGGUUAUUGUAGUUCUUGGUUCCUUAGUUUUCAUUGGUCAUUUAAUUGCUUUUUUGGCUCGUCCAUACGAACGUAUUAAAAAUUUCUCCAUCAACUUUAUGGAAAUGUUCAUUGGGCUAUUCUCCGUUGUUUUUGGCAUACUAGCUAUGGUUUACGGAAGCAAUGUCAUUAAUUCGCAGCUAGGCGCUGUGCUAGUUUUUUUGGCAUUAAUGGUUAUUGUCAUUGCUCCAUUUAAUGAAAUUGUCACGGAUUUCCUUGGCCUAUUUGUCAUGUUUACUGGAGAAAUUAGUUUUUACGAAAUAUUCGCUCCAAAACUGCGUGGUUUACCAGCUGCACACCUGUUAGCACUAAGCUUUCUCCUGAUAGCUUUUGUAGUCCUUCUAAAUGUCACAUUGGUAAAUUUAUUGAUUGGCUUAGCUGUCGGUGAUAUUCACGAACUACAAAUGCGAGCUAAUUGCUCCCGCAUCAUUAAUCAACUUGUCAUGAUUUAUGAAAAGAAUAAUGAUGAGAUCGAUUAUUUCAGAAAAUCUCUCUACAAACCGAUGUCAGUUUAUCAAGUUCGUGGGCCAAAAGGAAAGUUACGAAAUUUUAUUUGGAGAAACAUAUCAGGCAGAGCGUUGAUUAUAAAGCGCGUAUUUGAUCGAAUUAAAGAAAAAGAAAGUAGCAAAGAAAUGUCCUAUGACUGCUCAGGAGAUCAUGACUAUGACAUGCAUGACGCCUAUUAUGAACACAAGCAAUUAAAGGAAUCGAUUACUGAAUUAAAAAAGAUGGUGCAAUCCAUUGCUGCUAAAGUUAAUGCCGAAAAUUAA